AUUCAUUUUGAUCGGUGGAGGGCCGCGAGAGCCGUAGACACCGCCCCACGACGAGGGGCUGCCCCGAUUCGACAAGUCCGACCCAGUAGAACCACGGCAGCCAGCGUCGGCGCGCGCCGCGGGAGGUGAUUGAGUGAUGCCCCAAACCGCUACCCCAGCAGCUGGGACGCCGCGCCGCGAGGACGACGGCGCCGUGACGCCGCGCUGCGAGGACGACGGCGCCGUGACGCCCCGCGGGUCCCCAGAGGAUGAUGACAACGACUCGUUCCACAGCGUCGACGAAUUCAAGACCCCGCCACGAAACACGCCACGAAAGAAGGACGGCGACAAUAACUACAAAAAGCGGUUCAAGGAGCUGCAGAAGCACGCGCGCGAACUGGUGCGGCGCCACGCGGCGCUCGAGGCCGAGCUCGCGGAGGCACGCGACGAACUGGCAAAAGCGCGCGAGGUCUCCGACGGCGGCUCCGAGCCCUACGAGCGGCCGCCGCGCUGCGAGCUCCACGCCGCGCUCGAGGCCGAGCGUUAUCGGGCGGCGGCGGCCGAGGACGAGGUGAGGCGGUUGUCGCUCGCGCUGCGCGUGAUGAAGGACGUCAAGAACGUCGACGUGGCGCGGCGGCGGCGCCGCAGCGGCCGCGCGCUGUCGCGGGCGCUGUUACAAAGAGCGGCGGCGGCGAGCGGCGUCGCCACGCCGGAGCGAUACGACGAGGCCGAGGAGGAGGUCGUCGACGACGGCUGGCUCCUCGGGCGCCUCGGCGCGCGCGGCGAUCAACGUGAGGAGGCCGACGACGUCUCGUCGGACGACUCGAACUGGAUCGACAUCAACGUGGAUGUUGUGGAUGUGCACGCCUCGCCGGCGAAGGUGCGGCGGUCGCCGGGCAAGGCGCGGGCCUCGCCGAAGUCGGACCUGCUCGUCGCCGGCGACGGAUUACUGCGCAAGGCGCGGUCCCUUAUCCAAGGCAAGUCGCCGCCGUCCUCACCACCGUCGCGGCGGCCCUUCGCGAGGCCCUGGCGGUCGCCGCCGAGGCACGCGAUCACGCCGCCGGUCGCCGCGCGCGCCACAGGCGCUUCGACACUAGACGCCGACGCCGUCGCGGCGGUGCUGUCAGGGCUGGGCCCCGCCUACGCGUCACCAGCAAAGACGCUCCGCGACGCGUCCUGCGACGGCGCCUUCCUGAACACAUUGUCGGCCGCCGACCUGGCGGCCACGCUCGCCGACGCAGGGCUCGGGCCAGUCCAGGCGCGCCGCGCGCGCCACGCGCUCGGCCUCUCCCCCUGUAAUAAGACUAGCUGAUCACAU